AUGGUCGAGCGCUUCGAAACGCUACACCGAGUUCGCCAGUCGAAGCCAACGACCCCGGAGGAGCGCACCGGGUGUUUUGGGAAGCGCUGUUGCGAUGAGAGUCGAGAUGAGUCGAGUUUCGAGUUCAUAGGUUGGCUUUGGGUAGCGGCUUGCGAGCGUGAUGCUUUGGGGACUUUAAGAGAUGGGGCGGAUAUUGGCUCCUUUCAGUUCUCCGUGUGUUGCUUGUUCCUUGGUCAAGCUCAGGAGACCGUCAUCAUGGAAGGAAUGGUGCCUGCCGUCCUGGAGGAGCCACAGGUCUUUUUCGACGGAGACAGACCCUCCUCGUCGAAGCCGUCGCCAUUGGAAGAUCCGUUUCGGGCCUUGGUGGAAGAGCUGGUCCUCAUGCACAAGAAGGAUCUUCGAACCCUCCAGGGCCAGCUCGACACCCUCCUGGCAGAGAAAGUUGGGCGGGUGGACAGCAAGCAGCCGUCACUGCCAUCACAGGAUGGCGCGGACCCAGUCGUCGGGUUCAUCUCUUCCGGUCCGCCGCGACGUCGAAAUGACGGGCUCUGGAUCCGUGGAUCCUUUGAGGGCUCUUAG